AUCUUACACGGACACGACUAGGCACAGCAAAAGGGAAGAAAUUUAAUUUAUUGUAAGUGCUCGCUACCCAACACGACAGCGGCCGAUGGGCGGAGAGAUGGGCGGAGGGAGCUCAAGACGACGAAACACAACACAAGUAGUUCGUAGAUGCUAUCAAUGACACACUGAUAACUUGCCCUGUCGUAUUGCAUUUCCGUUGAAGUCGAAUCUGCUUUGCUUCUCUACUCCUACUUGUACAAUGUACCAUCUCUUAUCUUAUCGUCGACUAUCGCUCCAUCAACGCGUUUCAGCGUACAGUGCGUCCCGACGAUGUGGUACCAUUCGAAGCUUUUGGUACUUUUAUUUGUUUUGCGCCUUUACUGUAUUUUUGUAGUAAUUUAUAGUAAAAUAAUGGUGGAAAAUGUUUAAUGAAAAUUCCAAAAUAUUUGCAAAAUUAUCCUCCAUCCAAAUAUGGGUUUUUGGUAACGCAUAAAGACAACCUUACACUGCUGUCACCGACUGUACAAUCGUUCCAGCAGCUCGGAGCAGUUGAUUCAAUUGAUAGUUUCGUGCUUCCCCGGAUCUUCCCCGGGCACACGGGUGUCAGUGCAUUCGUAGCUUACUGACCGCUUCAAAGGCAGAACAGAAAUUCAAGCUCUCUCUCUCUUCGACCCAUUUCCGGCACACCACUUGCAGGGGGGAUAGUUGCAAACGCCCAGAUCAAUAAAAAUGCCAGCUCACAGUGCAGGCGUCACUGGUGGUGGUGGCCAAUGUCGAUUGGGUCGAUUUUUCCUGUUAACUAAAUCGUUUUCUUCAAUUACCGCUGCCAACAGGGCUGUCGCGCUGAUUUCGAUUGUGUUAAUGUUGCUACAAUUUAACACCCCACCGGUCGAAGCGUUGCGCUGUUACGCCUGUGGUUUGACGCAAACUUCCGGCGACGUGCGCUGCGUAACGGAGCCACAAAGUGUAGAGGGCCAGAGUGUCGUAACCUGCUCCAGGAAGUAUUGUACCAUCACGCGACAGGAGUUAGUGGAUCCUCCCGGCAAGCUGGUUACUUUCCUGCGAGGAUGCGAAGAGAACCCAUUGUAUCUCGACGAAGUCAUCGAAGAUCCCACCUUCAUCACCUACUACCGGUCGUGCACGACCGAUCUGUGCAACGAUGGUGACGCGCUCGGAUCCUCCGGUUCCGCCCUGACCGGGCUCAACGAGGGUGCAUCCGAUAAUCUGCUCGUGCCCGGAUUGCCGAGCAGUGGCGGCUCUGGACCGGCACCGGCAGCGACAUCUCCAUUACUGGUGAUCAUUAAAAUCACAUCACUGUCGCUAUCGGUGGCACGCAUCGUCGCGUAGAGCUUCCUCGACGGCUUCCUUACUCUUCUCUUCCUGCACGGAGAAAAGGGCAACUGCGCGGGCCUGGGGAUAUAUUAAUGAGAUGAUGAUGAUGAUGAUGAUGGUGGCGAUGGGUGGAGGUGAUGGAUAAAAGUUCAAUAUUCAUAAUCCAUUCGCCUUUCGGGCCCACGUGCGUUGGGCAUUCGUCGAUGAAAACGAACGACCAAAGUUUAUUUACUUUAUGUGAAAGUUAUUAAAUAAAUAAUGUUCUUCCUUAAUGGAGGAAAAGGUU